UGUUGCAAGUGUUUAUCUCAAAUUUUGUCACUAGGAUCGUGCAUAGUAAACUAUCCAUACGAUGCAUUGGAGCCGGACGAGCUGACGAUCCGGCCAGGCGACGUCCUGCACGACGUGGAGCGUUUGUCGGGUGGAUGGUGGCGCGGGGAGCUGCGCGGGCGACGCGGCAUGUUUCCGGACAACUUCGUGUCACCACUUACUGAGGGAAAUCACAGCACUAGAUCGUCGACGGGCGGUGUGCAGGGCCGAUGUCGGGCCGUGUUCAGCUAUCAGCCAGCCAACCCAGAUGAGUUGGCGCUGUGUGUCGGUGACGUCCUCGAAGUGCUUGGGGAGGUCGAGGAAGGCUGGUGGCAAGGCCGGCGGCAGGGCCGCCUGGGUGUGUUCCCUUCGAACUUUGUGGUGAUGCUGGACCCAGCGCCACCCGCGGUACCGGUUGAACCUGCUCCCGCGCUACCACCUAAACGUGUAAAAGAGCAAUGCCGCGUACUAUUCCCGUAUAUAGCAGUGAACGAAGACGAGUUGUCGCUAUCAGAAGGAGAUAUUGUGACGAUCCUGUCCAAGGAUGCGCCAGACCGCGGGUGGUGGCGCGGCGAGCUCAAUGGCCGCGUUGGAUUGUUCCCUGAUAACUUCGUACAAGUUAUACCUACCACAGCUGCACAAGAUGUCGAGGAGAAGAAGCCAGAACGGCCAACCAAAACAGGCAACUCCAUUUAUCCCGUACUCAACAAAUACACCGAGAGAUCACAAUGCGUCAAGGAAUUUACCACAACUAAAAACACAGAGAAGAACACAGCAGCGUCGAUGGCGACGGUGACGUCCACAGGCAGCGGCAGCUCGAGCAGCGGCGAGUGGGACCGGCUGGAUGGCGCGCUGCCCAGCAAGGCGUCGCAACCUACCAACACGUUCGAUCACGUCGAGCGGAACUCUAUGCUCAACGACCCGCGCGCCGGCAGAGUUAAAGCGCCUCGUCGUCGACCGCCUAGUCAACCCCAACGUGACGAUGUGUCACAACAAAUUGGCCUCAGCAAUGGACACGAAGCUGAGAAACCAGCACUUGAGAAAGAAAAGGAGAAACCCGAAGAAAUAAAACCUCGUACACGUGAGUGGGAGAAGCACAAGGCGCCAUGGAUGGCAGAGUUGAAACUAAACCAAGCGAGGAAGAGCAGCUUCGGUGCGGAUGGCAAGUCCCACUCCGUCACUUCGUCGUCGGAGAGUGGCAUUGCUAGCAAAACCGGUGGUGGGAGCACUGACAGAAUCCUAGACUGCGGAUUAGAGGACAAACGCGCGUCGCAUUCGAUGGAAAUGUCAAGGAGCACUUCAUCAAUCAGCAAUAAAAUCUCCGUUUUGGAGAAUUUUGAAGAGACGACGACAAAAGUGCGACACUCAAUGGAUCCCGCCAAGGAGACGAUGAGCGACACUACUAACAAGCCAGCCGUACAAUCGCCUACAGCAGCUGGUCGCACUCUAACAUCGAUGUUGGAAGACAUAAAGAAGCCUCAGGCACCCACGCCGCCCUCGGCUUCAGCGCGUACGUUCUCUGAAAACUUAGAAAAGGCGCCACACAAAGUAGAAGUUACUGUAUUCACGUUAGAACCACAAAACGAUGUCAUGAAGAACAUGUUUGACAAAGGUGCCGCAGUGGAACUAAAAGAUGACAAACCGUUGAGUGCCAUUGGGGAGAAAGUCAACACAUUGGAGAGGCGAAUACAUACAGCGAGGAACGAAAAGGGCGAUAAUAAUACAGAAGUGCUGAUCGCUCAGCUCAAUAAUAGGAUAUUAAACUUGGAGAAGCUAUUAGAAGUACAAAACGCAAAGUUCAACGCCGCCAUCGAGGACCUGACUGCGAAGUUGGCAGCUGAGGUGCAAAAACGGCAAGCUCUACAGGCCCAGAUGGAAAAGCUAGCGCAUUGCGUCACGCAAGUGUAGCCCUUACCGCGAGCGCCACUAAUGUCAAUUCUCCAAGGCAGAACUACUAAAAAGUUUUCAAAUUUCGUUACUUACUAGUACAAUGAUAGGAGCUCCGUAAUUAUGUGUCAGAAUUGUAAUAGAAAAACUGAGUUUUCGAGUGCACACUGUGGGCGUUUUUUGGAGAGAAUGGUAGUAAUGGUAAUAUACACAAUACAUAAUCAAUUGAACUCAAAACAAUGCAGUGUUCGGCUCAUAUUAAUAAUGAUUCGUCCUCCGAAUAAAAUAGACAAGCUGAUAACCACUAUUGAAUAUAAUGUCUAUGCCACAGUACCCCAUAUGAGUAACUUGACUUAUUGAGGAGACUAGGGCCCAUUAAUUAAACCACAUAUCGCACGAUGAAACCAAUACCGUGACCAACCGUAGCUAAGCUGCGGUUAAUACACAUGACAAAUGACACUAGUGUCACUACGAUCUUUUACGGAAUGCGCGCGCUGCUGUAACCGUUUUACCGUCAUUACCUUGGUAGUGAUCUGGCUGUCAAUUAUGCUGUUAUAGUUACUUUACGCAAGAUUGUUACUAAAGUAAAAAAAUGUACUAAGAUCUUAGAGAUGGAAAAAAUAAAGGAAAGGAGCUGCCCUAACAACAGAAUGAACGUGCGGGUGGAUAAUUUUGUUUUCAGGAACUGAGAAUGUCUAGUAAAUGAAUCUUGUUGUUCACAUGCAUUGUUAUAUUCUUUACCUUCACGGAGCUCCUAUUGUCAGGAAGGUAUCGGUAACAGUAACGUGGCGCUCCGGAAGUAAAUAUUAUUAUUUUGGAAUGUAAUUAACUAGCGGUUUCUCGGUCGUAAAUAUUUUGAAUAAUCGCUUGAAAACGGUAGCUGUCCGAUAUAUUUACUUUAUGGUAAUGUAACUUUAUAAUGCUUUGUGAAAGGGCUCUAAAUAUGUAUACACCAGAUAUGAUUGUCUGGUGACAGGGACACUAUAUGUAAUGAAGUGUUUUAAGUAUCGGAAUGUGUUUGUUUACUAUAUAUUUUACGUUUGUUGCAUUGUAUUGUUUAUUAUCAAUGUGAUAAAUCUUAGUGCUUAUUUGUUCUUUAUUUACCUUAUUUUAGUUUGUGAAAAAGUUGUUUUCUGUUUCAGUAUUUCUGCGUAUGUAUUUUGUGUGCUGUGCACCGUCGCAACUUGUCAGCGCAAAUCGGCGGUCGGCAAGGCGGAGAAGAUUAAAAUUUACAAUGUAUAUUUUAUACUAUUGCAAAAUAAGGUAUAAAUUUCAAUGCUCUGAGAUGCAGAGAGAAAUGCGCCCCGAUACUCCGAGGUCGAUUCCAAAGCAAUAAAAUUAAACCUCAUUUCAAUAGAAAUAGUAUAAAAUAUACAUUGACUAAUAUUAUCUGCCUUCCCGUUCGCUGGCCCUAAGGCGCCCAUUAAUAUAAAAUUGUUAGAAAAUUAAUAAUAUUGAAUAACUGCCCCAUCGCAUAAGUUGACUAGACUUUGUAGAUAUAUAAUAUAUAACGAGAUUUUGACGUGUUUAGUAUGAUUACAAAAUUUGUGCCAUGUUAUUUGAUCGCCGCACAUUGUGUAUAUCGAGUGGAGAGGUGUAUUUUUUGUACGUAAAAUUACAUAACAUGUAUAUUAUUGUAACGAUUUUAUUGAACUUGUAACAAACUAAAUCGCUUGAUAACACGUGAUGUCGUACAUUCCACUAAACUCAGGUGUCGCAUGUAUAAACUUGAAUUGGAUAUAGUGUAACCAAAGUUUCAUUUCAACAUGUACAUGUUUAUAGUACAUGUAUAUCCAGAGCCAUAUUUUGCUUAUAGUUAAUAUAUUUUUGUAUGUGUACAGAAAUUUAUAUUUUACUUAGGUACCUAAUGCUUUUACAAUCGUGUUAUGAAAGCGAGGUCGAAAUAAAGAAGUAAGGGUAGUCUUCUUGGCCUCAAUUUCUUUAAAACGAGAUUAUCAGUAUUUUUUGCAUAACAUUAUGCCUGGUUGUACUCAGAGGUAAUUCCAAACAGGUUUUAGAUUCUGUCUACGUUAAAUUAGAGCUAUUGUGUGAUCGUAUCUUUAUUCUACGUAUUUAAUUUUAUCAAAGUGGAGCUGAGAAGAGAUAUAUUCCUGCAACCAAUAUGAUAUUUCGGAUAUGAAACUAUUUUUUUCCGGAUCUAAAUCGCUUAUAUUUGUUUUUUUUUUUUCAAAGAACUGACGUUUCAGGCCGUUUACAGGUCUCACGGUUACGACUGACUUAGAGGGUAAAGUCAUCAGAUAGUUACGUCGUGUCACCACCCUGUAAUAUUAGUUUACAUUGAUAUUAGACAACUGGUUGAUGAUUUUACCAUUUAUUAUUAUAUAUUUGUUGAGCAUUGGCUGUAGAGCCAUCAGCUUAAACAAGUAAAAAUUAUAUAAAUGUAACUACCUGAAUUUACCAUCACAGCCAGCUGUGCCCAUGGGACUUACAAAGGCCCGAGACGUUGCAUUGUUUAAAAAAAACGCGCUAUGGAUCGGAAAAAAAUAUUUUACUUAAAUGUGUAGCAAUUGCGAAAGUCUUAGUACUCGAAGUAUAAUUUUUACUUACUUUGAGUAAAGCGCGUGCCACACCGCGAACGAAGCUAGGUAAUUACUGCCGUCCACUACCUAACACGCGGCUAAGAGACAAAUGGUCAAAUAACCGUUUUACAUAGCAAAAAAUAGAGCACAAAAUUCUCUUUUAAAAACAGUUGAAAUUAGUUAACGUGUUCGACUUACCUUAACGGUGUUAGCUAUGCAGUGCACGGCAGAUUAGCUUAGCUUACGUAGUUACAUGCAAAGCUAAGUUAAGGAAAUACGUAGUAAGCACAUCACGUGCUGCACUAUGGAUACGUGCAGGGUGAAGGGCGGCAGAAGGGCGCCAUAUUUUACAUAGCUUAGCGGGAUCGUUGGGUUAGUUUAGUCAGCUCGGUUAGCUUAGUUCGCGAUGUGAACCGCAGUAUGAAUAGAUGCCCCGGCUACGUCAGCUCCGCUGUGGUAGAAAAGAAGGCUAUAGGCGCCGUGAUUGUUUCCGUUCAGCUCUUUCGCUCCGCAGUCGACUCUAUUGGUAGUAAAUUUUUAUAUAAUUAUGUAAUGGGACAAACGUGUUAAAAAUUAACCUUCAAUAGAGUUAAUAACACAGUGCCGUAAGUAUUAAGCAUAGUAGAAACACCGAUUGUGGCCACGGCGCCGCUUCUAAGAAAAAGACUAACAAUGUAUUUAAAGACACGCGUUAAUUCUGUUUGGAAAUACACCCUGUUUAUGUAACAUAUUUCGUAUCAUAAAAUGUGUAAGUUAAAUUGUAAUAUCGAGAAUUUAAUUGGUGAUAUAAUUUUGUGACCAGUUACUAGGUUGUGUUUGACCCUCCAAUUUUCAAAUCAAGUGUUGUUUUCUACAAAUAAUUUUCUAUAAAAAAGUUUGUAACUAAUCGUGAAAACUAGUACAAUAUCUUGUAGCUAGAAUAAUGGCAACUAAAAAAGAUCGCUAAAACUAAUAAUUAGUAUUUUUGCUAUAUAUAGUCUAUUCGCGUUAAGAAUGCUUUAGGUAAUUGUGAUUAAGUUGUAUAAGGCAGUUACCGCACUUAUCAAUAUGGAAUCGCGUUAUGCCUGUCAGAAAAAGCAGUUACGUCCAUGUAAUAAGAGCGAAAAACGGCAUUUCGCGUCGGUGAUUAAUUCGACCCGAUGUUACUAUGGUGGUAUGGUGAUUACUUAAUUCUCCAAUUAGAAUUCCGUACUGCAUUUCACGAGACUCCGAACUUCCUGCCGUAUUCUUAUAGCGUGUGAACUAUAGGACUGUAGUAAUAGAAUAUCAUGU